CCUGUGAGAAGCCCCUCAGAGCAUAUAGUUAUGAACAUUUAGCCAAAUAAAAGUCGAGUUAACUGAUUUGACUGCUGCGGAGUUUCGCUGCCAGAGCCGCGAUGGAGUAAACAGUUGGCAGCGGGGACAUUUGUGAGCUGGUCUGGAUGGAAGCGACGGGUUUACGAGACGUUUUCAAAUGUAUAACGCUGUCUAUUGCAGCAAUGGAGGAUAUUGGUCUUCUUCCCAAACCCACCCCCGAAACCCCAGUCCACAGACCCACAGUCCCUGAGACUUUUGGGCAGCAUCACAUCCCACCAGACCACCUGCAUGUCGGUGAUGCAAGCAGGAAAUCUGACAUGGACAAAGAUGGAGUGGGUAAAAAACGGUCCCACUCAAUGACAAUAUCUGAGCAGCAGAUGAUCUCCCAGUUUCCUGUACAUCACCAAGCACCUGUGGGUGCUGACACUACACAUCUUAAUACGGUUGCCCAAAAUGGAAACACCAAUUUGGAUAAAGCAGGCGCUGUCAGAAAAAUAACCAAAGCCAAAGUUGCAGAUCCAUUAAAGUGGAAGCAAAACAGGCAGAAACAGCUGAGGAUGGAGGGAAAAUCAUAUGUAAGCAAACGCAAGAAAGAUGGUGAGAUUGUAACCAAACACCCAAGAGCCAUAGGACCAAGAUGCACCUCGGAUGCAUGCAAAAAAGUGACAAAUCGGCUAUGUAGUGAAAUUACUGAAGAAACAAGGAAGAAGGUGUUCAAUGAAUUUUGGCAGCACAUGAACUGGGCUCAGAGAAAGCUCUAUGUAGCAGGACAAGUCGAUCGUGACUCUGUGGAAAGAUCUCGGGCUGCGGAGUUGCCUUCAAGGAGAUCGGUAUCACUUCGUUAUCAUUUGAUGGUGGAUGGCAAACGGACACAAGUAUGUAAGAACAUGUUCCUGUCCACGCUUGGGAUUGGAGAAUGGUCUGUGCUCAACUGGGUAACAGAAAAGACUGAAUCAAACAAGAGCAAGUCAGAAAAAAAGCCAGUUGUGACUGCCCCUCCUGUAGACAGCAACACUGCAGUAGUUACUCAAGAACACAUGAAUGCAACUGACAAAGACAAAAACAGGCUACCAGAAAAAGAGGGGGCAAUCCGAAAGAAAUCCAGAGUUGCAAAACCACUAACAUGGAAACAAAAUCGUCAGAAGCAACUCAGGAUGGAGGGAAAACCGUACACCAGCAAGAGAAAGAAAGAUGGCGCCGCUAUUACUAAAGCUCAAAGGUCAAUGGGGCCAAGAUGCACAUCCGGUGCCUGCAAAAGGGCAUCGAACCGCUUUUGUGCUGACUUUAGUGACGAAACACGGAGUGGGCUGUUCACUGCUUUCUGGCAGUGUAUGAACUGGACUCAGAGGAAGGUCUAUGUGGCUGGGCUUGUGGACUGUGAUCCGGUGGAAAGAACCCGUGCACCGUGGACUCAGUCUAGAAGAUCAGUCUCAAUGAGAUAUCAUUUGAUAGCAGAUGGCGAUAAAAAACAAGUUUGUAAAAAAAUGUUCCUCUCCACUUUGGGGAUUGGAGAGUGGUCAGUGCUUAACUGGGCCCAGAAUGCCUCCCAGCUAGACGAUUCGGAGGAGAACAGUAAGAAGCGAAUGCAGAGGAAAUCCCGUAAAGCUUCCGAGCAUAUAGUCCUGAAGGAGUUUCUAGAGAGUUUACCAAAAGUGUCAUCUUCCUGUGGUGGAACGUCCACCUCUAAGCUCUGUCUGGAGCCAGUCUUCUCAAACAUGUCCGAGGUCUACAGGUACUACUACAGCCACUGCGUGGAUCAGAAGACAGCGCCGCUUUCACGCCAGGUUUUCUGUGCUGUGUUUAAAAAAAUGAAUUUAAGAUUGUGUGACUCCAAAAAGGACCAGUGUUGUUCUUUUGGUGGAACUGGAAACUUGUUUAAUGAGCUUUGGGAGGAAUACUGCUUGGAAAGAGGAGCUCCAGGGCAACAACCUGAGAGAGUCGGUGACCCGUAGACCAAUGUUGGUGUUUGUUGCCAAGUUAAUACCAACUUUGUAUUAUACACCGUUUGUUUGAGACUUGAUGGUGGAUCCUUCUUUUAUAUUUGCACUUCUUGAAGCAGUGUAGUUGUCUCGAUGUAGCUGAAACAAUUUAAGCACUACGUUCAUUUUGAGGCCUCCGAGUGGUUCGUGUUAUUUGGAGCAUCAUUUUGUUAGAGCACAACAAAACUGCUAUUUUAUCGUUUCGAUAUGUGUGAUGUAAAAGGUCAAAGUCAACUCAAGUGUCAAAGUUGAUAUUUUCCCUUGUGAAUUAAAUAUUAACAGCUACCAGAAGUAUUUCCAGAAUUCUUUCAAA